AAACUCACGUGACUUUACCGAAAGAACCAAAGAGAAUGGUAGCCGUGUGCAAAACGCCACGGUCCCCAGGUGGGGCGCGGGUGAUGUGCGUCACUUCCUGCGGUAAAAUCACCGCGGCCCCUGAGUCCCACUCGCUUCCACUUCUCCUCCAGCGCGGCAGGAGCUGGCGGCCGCAGCGGCAGCAGCAGCACCACCAGCAGGAGGCGGCGAUGAGCGGGCAGAAGGUGGACGUGAAGGUGGUGCUUCUGGGGCGCGAGUACAGCGGCAAGACGAGCCUGGUUGAGCGGUUUGUACACCAGCGCUUCCAGGCUGUGCCCUACCAGAAUACCAUCGGCGCCGCGUUCGGCGCCCGUCGCUUGGAGGUGUCAUCUUCGUCGGGCCGGGGCGGCCGCUCGCUAACGUUGGGCGUGUGGGACACGGCCGGCUCGGAGCGCUACGAGGCCAUGAGCCGAGUCUACUACCGCGGGGCCCGGGCAGCCGUCAUCUGCUAUGACCUGACUGACGAGCGCAGCUUCGAGCGUGCCCGCUUCUGGACCGACGAGCUGCGGCGCUGCGAGCCCGAGUGCCGUAUCUACCUGUGCGGCACCAAGCUCGACCUCGCGACGGAGGGCGGAGGAGGGGUGGGCCGACGCGUGGACCGCCACGACGCGCAGGACCUCGCCGAAGAGCUACAGGCGCGCCUCUACGAGACGUCCAGCAAGAGCGGCGAGAACGUGGAGGCGCUCUUCCGCGCCGUCGCCGAGGACUUUGCGGACGAGCCGGCGAGGGAGAAGUCGGGGGUCGACCUUGCGGCGGGUGGCGCGAGUGGCGCAGGCAGCUCCAAAUGCUGCGUGAAGUGAGACCCCCCCCUGGGGCUAUAAACUAUGAAACGAUAAAACUUUUAUUUGAUCAGUGGAUAAGGCCCCACAGAGCUGUGUUAGCUCAUUUUCUCUCUCACCUUGGUUGUGUGGAUUUUUCUCCGGGCCCUCUGAUUAUUCCCCUCCAUAUUCAGAAUCAACGUCACACGUCCAGAGUAUUUGACUGCUGCUAUAAAUUUCCACGCGAUGAUAAUGAUAAUCCCACUUCGUUAAGCUAUCAUUUGUGAUAGCCCAGGGUCGAUUUUGAAAAGAACUACAUAGGCUCAGCAGCAGUGGCACUUACCCUCUGGUAAAAUAAAAAUAUAGUUCGUUUCUUGUUUGAAGGGAAGGGAACGGGAAGUGAAACGUCGACCGAUUACGGGAGUGGAUGGCGAGCCACGCGGUGCGCAUGCUACCAAUACCGCUGAGGAGCUGUGCUCUUCACGUGUGCGUGUGCGCCCUGUCUCAUGUUUACGCUUUUAAAUGACAGCGGACGAGUGGUUGAGAAUCUGCACAUGGUCUCUACCUCGCUGAUCUCAUCAAGGACCGUAAACCAUCAUCACGUGAACUCCGGCAGCUUUUGGCUGGUCGUCGAAUAAAGACGGUCACCGCAUCACACAGUGCUUUCAGAUGUGCUUCUGCGGCCGUCUGGAACGCUCUUCCGAUAUUAGGAAGCCACUGGAGCUAUGCACUUUUAAUUCAUCUGGAUUUAAAACUAAUUUCUUUAGAACUGCUUUUUGUGUUUAGUUUGUUGUGUGUUCAUAUUGCCAAGUCGGUCUUGCCUGAGCUGCUCAUGCCUAAAUGUUUACUUUUGUGAUUAGUUUCACAAGCUCGUAUUAUCUUAAGUUUGUUCAACUGGCUGUAAGUUAAUCUAUUAUUAAAACUUAUCUUGUGUACA